AUGUUUGCCCUUUUGAUCGCCACUGGCUAUUUUGUGUGGAGAGCCGGUGCUGCUGUAAAGCAUCGUUUCUGUGGAAACCAGGAACGGGAGAUCAACGAAUCCAACGUUAACCGCAGGGGUCCUUUUAGAGAUACUCCUAGCAGAGCAGGUGUGGUGAGGAAGAAGAAGAUUGCUGUUAUCAGAGGAGACUCUAAGGUUUGCGGAGUUGUCAACUUCGAGCAGGAGAAGGAAUCCGACCCAACCACUAUUUCCUGGGACAUCUCGGGCAACGACGCCAAUGCUCUCAGAGGUAUGCACAUUCACCAGUUCGGUGACAAUACCAACGGUUGUACCUCGGCUGGUCCUCACUUCAACCCAUUCUCCAAGACCCACGGUGCUCCAGAGGACGACAACAGACACGUUGGUGACUUGGGUAACGUCACCACCGACGCUUCUGGUGUUGCCAAGGGUACCAAGAAGGACCUUUUGGUGAAGUUGCUCGGUCCUAACUCUGUUGUCGGCAGAUCUGUUGUUGUUCACAGCGGCACUGACGACUUGGGUAAGGGCGGUAACGAGGAGUCCUUGAAGACCGGUAACGCUGGUACCAGACCUGCUUGCGGUGUCAUUGGCCUCACCAACUAA